GUAAAUAUCGUCGCUGUAUCUAAGAUAAUUUAUUUUUAUUUAUUGGAUUUCGACACGAUAAUGAAGCCCUGCUGGUUCAAAUAAUUCUUAAGGAUUUGGCCUUCAUAUUGAAAUCAUAAAAUGCAAUGAAUAAUGAAUUGUAAAAGAUAAUCGAGUGCCUGUAAUGAGUUUACUAACAUUUUUGGGGCUGAGAAAUGGAGAGACAACAGUGUAAUUCACUUCAAAACUUUGAUGAGCCUAAAUCAGAAAUUUUGAAAAAAAGAUUACUAAAAUCGGCCAACAUCUCGGUUAGUGCCAGUCCAUCGCAGAAUAGCUCGCAACACAAUGUGCUACUGAAUACUUUGCGAGCGCCAACAUCGAGCAGCAUGAUUGUGACGUCGGUGCCGGCGCCGCAGAGCUCCAUGCCUAUCGCUCACAACCUGGUGACACACUCCAUUGCUCCAGUCAAGAUUCAUACCAACAACUCUCCUUACCCGUUGCAGCUGUCAACAGUACAUGUGCCCGUGCAGAUUCCGGGCUCCACUUCCAAUAUUAACGUCCCUGUUCAGUUAUCGGGACCUAAUAGUAGUGUUCCUUUACAAAUAGCCCCAGUUAGUCUUCCGCUUCAAGUCUCUGGCACAACAAGUGUUCCCGUACAAUUACCAGCUGGGGAAACCAUAAACGUUCCAUUGCAAAUUCCAGGUGGGGGCCAAAACAUACAACUUGCUGGUCCUGGAUUGCCCUCUAUGCCAAUUCUUCAGAAUACUAAUCAGUCUUUAAGUUCUAUUAUUCAUGUCCACAUGGGUUCUAACCCUAGGCCUGCCAAUAUGGAUGGCAACUCUGACAUGACUGUUUCAAGUUCCUCUCAGUUACAAAUGACUGAUUCAUCUGGAGUUCAUAUAAAAAUGAAUACCCCAACAAGUGUAUCUCAUCAAGUGCAGGUGGGAUCUAAUCCUGCUGUGGUACAGAUUCCGAAUUCUUCAAGCAAUUCAAUACAACUGACAUUGCCAAACUCUGGGAAUUCUGGUGCAGUGCAGUUGCGUGGUGCAGCCAGACCCAUGCCGCAUGUGGUGUACAUUCAGACCCCAGCUGGGCUGAAGCCAAUGACUAGUACAGAUAUGAUCAGCCAAGCCAGUACUAGUGGGAAUCCCCCACAAAUUAUAGUGAGAAGACCUGUCACUAGCAAUCCAAACAUACACCUGAUAUCAAAUGUCAACAAACCUAACAUUGCUCCUAAAGUGACCAGCCAAAAGUCUUCCAUCCUGGCCCCAGCAAAUCCUGGCCAGCCCAUUGUUAUCCAAAAGCCAAAGACCAAUGACAAAAUGAUGGUGCCAGUGAGCAUUGCUCCUGGUGCCACAGGCAAACAGGCCAUAGCUUACCUGGGGUCAGUGAAGAAAGCAAAUAAAUCAAUACCAGAAAACCAAUCAAUACUAAUAUCCAAUAAUCAACCAAAUGGAAAUUCAAACAAUCAGAAACUAUUUUUAACUCCAAUGAUGCCUAAAAUGCAGAACACCAAGUUUAUAUUACCUGUUACUUUGCCAGCUACAAUGGCGUCCAAAGGUCCUAUUAUCAAUCUUCAAAUAGCAAAUGGACAAAUACAAAAUGAUCCUCAGGGUAAUAGCAUAACUGUUAUGAGAGACAGUAUGGAGGCAUCAGAGAUGCCGCCACUGCAACCACUCGCAAAAGUUAUGAGUGUCAAUGGAAAAGAUAAUAAUGGUUCAGUUCCACAAAGUCCAAAGAGUGACAAGACAUUUGCAGUGUCGAUCUCAGGUUCGAGAGCAGAGCCUACAGGGGAACAAGGAGAAUAUACUCUGUCUAUACCAGAAACGAACUCUGCGAUGAAUGAUGACAUUUACACUGUGUCCAUAGCUGAUGAUGAAGGAGGACAAACCAGGGAGAAAUCCUUCACGUUAGCUAUCCCUGAGAAAGGAAAGAGUUUGCUGAAUAGAAAUGUCAUCGACAGGAAUGAAAUCGGGGCGGUGCCUAUCGCCGCGCCUGCUAUAUUACGCCGCUCUAAUUCCGAUAACAGUGAAAGAAAAACUGUAAAUGCAAGUUUAAAACGACGAAUAUCGCUAUGCAGUGAGAACCUUUCUAAUAAGAACUUUAAAUUAAACAUGCCACAACAGAAACUGACAGAGAAACCGGAAGAGCAGCAGGAGCCUGAGAACAAUGACGACCACCGUGUGCCCUCGCUGUUUUGCGAUGAGAAGUUGGAAGAAGCUAAAGUUACUCUUGGUGAUUCAGAUGCUGAAGAUUACAGGGAAGACAAACAUGACUCUGAAGAAAAGGGUAACCAUGAUGAUUACUAUAAAGAGAUAGAAGCCUUGAAAAACAGGGUUCAGAGGGAUAAUAGAGUCAAAAGAGAGAGUUUAGACUCUACAUUAGAAGAAGAUCCUCCUGGGUUAAUGUGGAAUAAUGGCGUUGCGCAUCUACGGGGAAGUAACAUACAGUUCCAGACAAAUGAAUUUGGGCUCAUUGAUGUCAUUGACACAAGUGAUGACCAUGAUGACAUAUUGAUUCCGAGUGCAAAAUAUCAGACUCCGUUGAAGCAACGGGCCGAGAGGGCUGGGCGAGACAAGAAGCCCACGUCUCCCGAGGACAUGUACCGGUGUGACGGAUGCGGCUGCCACGGCAUGGCGGCUGAGUUCAUCACGCCCAACUUCUGCAGCAUCACUUGUCAGAGUGAAGUGCAGAAAAUACAGCAAAAGAAGAGAGAUAGAGAAAGAAUUGACCUUCUCAAGAGGAGAAAUAAAAUGAGAAAGCUGCUUAUGAGGAAACAACUCUCUGACACAGAUUUCAUGUUGGACAACAGGGAAGAGAGACUUCCCCUGAAACAUUAUGAUUCUGCUCCAGGGGAUUCUCAUGUAUCAGACUCUAUGAAAGCGAAUGACGAAUUUAUAGAAAACGAGAAGUAUCCUUGGAUGUGCGGGAAGAACGGAUUCUCUUGGAUGCGGUAUCUCGACGUUUGUAAGGCUAAAGCGGCGCCCGUCAAGUUGUUUAAAGAUCCGUUUCCGUACUCUCGCAACUGUUUCAAAGUGGGGAUGCGGAUGGAGGCGAUAGAUCCGCAGCACCCGUCACUGUUCUGCGUGGUGUCGGUGGCGGAGGUGCAGGGGUACCGGAUGAGGCUGCACUUCGACGAGUAUCCAGAUGUAUUUGACUUCUGGGUGAACGCGGACAGCCCGGAUAUCUUCCCGCCGGGCUGGUGCGAGAAGAACGGCCGCUCGCUGAAGCCGCCGGCCAGCUACACGCCCUGCACCUUCACCUGGCCGCUGUACCUCAAACAGAUGCGCGCCGUCGCUGCGCCUAAACAUCUGUUUCCGCACGUCGGUACUACGAUGAUAAAACCAAACGGUUUCCGAAUCGGCAUGAAACUAGAGGCAGAAGACCGCAAGAACGACCUGGUGUGUGUGGCCACCAUCGCCGAUAUGCUGGACAACCGGCUGCUGAUCAACUUCGACAGCUGGGACGAGAUGUACGAUUACUGGGUCGACCCCACCUCGCCCUACAUACACCCUGUGGGCUGGGCCGAAGAAAAUGGCGUGUCACUCACUCCUCCUAAUUUCUACAAGGACCCGGACACGUUUUCGUGGGAGAGCUACUUAGAAGAGACGGGCGCGUCGCCGGCGCCGCCGCGCGCCUUCAAGACGCGUGCGCCGCAAGGGUUCAAGCCGGGGAUGAAGCUCGAGGUCGUUGACCCUAGGGUGCCGUUCCUGAUCCGCGUGGCGACGAUCAGCGCAGUCCGCGGGCACCAGGUGCGCGUCACCUUCGACGGCUGGGGCUCGGAGCUGGCGUCGUGGAUGGACGACGACUCCCCCGACCUGCACCCCGUCGGCUGGUGCCUCAAGACGCAGCACCCGCUCGAGCCGCCGCUCACGGCUGAAGAGCUGGCGGUGGCGGGCGGGUGCGGCGUGGGCGGGUGCCGCGGGCUGGGCUCGCUGCGCUACGGCGGGUUCAAGCAGCACAACGCCGCCUCCACGUGCCCCUACCGCGCGCCGCCGCCCACGCUGCCCGACCGCCUCGCGCCGCACGCCGCCGUCGACCACGCGCUGCCCACCCCGCGCAGGGUUCCAGCUAAACCGAAGUCGAUGACGACCAGCACGCCGACCAGCGAUGCGGCAAAAGAGAAAAUGCCGCGAGGGAGACCACCAAAGCAUAAGAGAGUCGAGGAAGUCGGGAAAAACGAAGCUUCCGAUGACGAGUCAGUGUCCAGCGGCGGCGGCAAGCGCUGGCGCGGCUCCCCGCGGCCGCCGCGCACGUACUCGCGCGCCGCGCCCGCGCAGCCCGUCAUCCCGCGCCUGCUGGCCGCGCGACACAUCGCCGCGCUCGAGUUGCCGCCCGACCCCACGGACUGGUCACAGGAGGACGUGGCGGCCCUGAUCACGCGCAUAGCGGGGUCGGGCGCGGGCGAGGCGGCGCUGGCGGCGCGGCUGUCGGGCGCGGAGCUGGUGCUGGCGUCGCGCGAGGAGCUGGUGCAGUGCGCGCGCAUGCGCCUGGGGCCCGCCAUCAAGGUGUACGCGGCCGUGCGCCAGCUGCGCGCCGGCCUGGCCGCGUGA